AUGGACUCUCCAAGAGGUUCUGCACUCGACGCCGGCAAGUCGCCCACCCCACCUGUUGGCUUUCGUCCUCAGAAUGGUGGUAUCAUCAAGGUCCAACCUCCGCGACGAGAAGACCUUCAGCCAUCGUACGCGCAGACAUUGCAGGGCGAUCACGAUGCUGAGACCCAUGGCUGGUAUGGAUCCAUGAUUAAUUCACUCGGUGCUUGCCUCGGUUUCAUGGGUGCCAUUCCAUGCUGCGUCAUCUGCCCCAACCCAUACAAGCCCGUAUCACAAGGAAACGUCGGCCUAAUCACCAAGUUCGGUCGUUUCACACGCGCCGUGGAUCCUGGUUUGGUCAAGAUCAACCCUCUAUCCGAGAGGCUCAUUCAGGUCGAUGUCAAGAUCCAGAUUGUCGAAGUACCGCGACAGGUCUGCAUGACAAAGGACAAUGUCACUCUGAACUUGACUUCCGUCAUCUACUACCAUAUCACUUCUCCUCACAAGGCUGCCUUCGGAAUCUCAAACAUUCGACAAGCCUUGGUCGAGAGAACUCAGACGACACUGCGACACGUGGUUGGCGCACGUGUUCUCCAGGACGUUAUUGAACGCCGUGAGGAAAUUGCGCAGUCCAUCGGUGAAAUCAUCGAAGAUGUCGCCUCUGGCUGGGGUGUUCAGGUCGAAUCCAUGCUCAUCAAGGACAUCAUCUUCAGCAAUGAUCUCCAAGACUCGCUCUCUAUGGCUGCUCAAUCCAAGAGAAUUGGUGAAUCCAAGGUCAUUGCUGCUCGUGCCGAAGUGGAAUCUGCCAAACUCAUGAGACAAGCUGCCGAUAUCCUCAGCUCAGCACCCGCAAUGCAAAUCAGAUACCUUGAAGCCAUGCAAGCCAUGGCCAAGACUGCCAACAGCAAGGUCAUCUUCCUGCCAGCCGCCAACCAAACUAUCCCACCAGAGGCUCUCCAGCACAUCCAACCGCAUACCCCUCGCGGUGAUGGCCCAAGUGGCUAUAACUCCAAGCAAAACACCGGUGGAAAUGCCUUUGAGUUUGGCGCCAACGAUGGCUUCCAGCAGGCGAUGAAUGCCAGAGUCAUUGAGAACAUCUAA